UUUUAUUAAUUAAAAGACCUGCAGCGUGACACAUGUAUAACUAAAACUUGCACAAACGAUGAGUCGGGCCUGGUAGUACUCCAUAUUACCCAUAUAUAUCUUCCAUCAAAUAUAUUUUAAUUUUCUUAAAGGAACAUGCUACAUUUCUCGGUUACAAAAGAAAACAUCCGACAUUUCUACGGCUAUAUAUAUGGUACGAAAAAUUAAAUCUAACAAAAGUAAAAGCAAAGGCGUGAGAAAAACAAGACAAACGAGGCUUCUUCUCCAAUUCCCUGGGAACAAUAAUGGCUCACCGUAAUGAAGAAGAAGGAUCUAUUGGGACCUCCAUGCAUGGAGUUACCGCGAAAGAACAUGUUUUCUCUUUCUCUGACCAAGGCGAAGAUGCAUGGUCUUCCCAUAGCGUCCAGUCUGAUGAUCCAACGGCUAUGUUUCCCUUUCCAGUCGACUCAGAACAUAAAGCAAAAGUGUUCAAACCAUUGUCAUUUGCGAAACCACACAUGAGAGCUUUCCACUUAGGAUGGAUCUCUUUCUUCACUUGCUUUAUCUCCACGUUUGCCGCCGCACCUCUCGUUCCCAUCAUCAGGGACAAUCUUGAUUUGACCAAAACUGAUAUAGGAAAUGCAGGAGUCGCCUCCGUUUCCGGGGCCAUUUUUUCAAGGCUUGCUAUGGGAGCGGUUUGUGACUUGCUCGGGGCUAGGUACUUAUAAAGUUUCUACACUCCACUUAUAUUUAUAACAGAAUUAGUUUGAAUAUAUAAUAUCUAACGUACAUACUGUACACAUGCAUUAGAUAUAGGAUCCACCAAUAUGAACAAUCCAAAUCAUGAUGGGAAAAUACAUCAUACAUAUCUCGCGAUUUUUAUAGUUUUAUGCAUAAACUUUAUUAUCCACAUAUACAUCACAUUUUCCACGGUUAAUUUAAAUGGUCUCCGACUAGAAAUAAAAUUAAAUCUACAUUGUACUAAUUAACCAAUAAAAUAAACACAGGUACGGAACGGCGUUUCUCCUAAUGCUGUC